ACCUGGAGGAGACCAUUAAAGAGAAUGAUAAGGUGGAGCAAAUGAGAGAAGAUGUGAAAAAUAUUUUGGAGGACAUAGAAGAGGCCAAAAAAGAGACAAAGAGAGAGAAAUAAUUUAUUACUCAAGAAAGGACAGGAAAAGAAAAGAGAGAGAAAUAUGAACUGGAAAAAACAAGAAUGAUGGAGAUUCAACAAGCUGAUGCACAAGUCCAAACUGAUGUGAUAGAUGAUAUAGGAAAAUAUCAGAUGAUCUUAACCAUGGAGGAGCUGGAUAAACAGCGAGAAGCACUGGAGCAUUUAAAAAAAGACUUACUUGCACAAAAAAGUACAAUUGAGAGACAACUAGCAGAAAUAAAAAUGAGCAUGGAUGAAUUUUCGCUCAAAGAAGUCGCACUUCAAACUGCAACAAAAAAUGCAGCAGACAUGGAGUUGAAAUUAGAAUGGCGAAAACAGGAGCUAGAACACACAAAAGAUGAGCUGGAAAGGACAAAGCUAGAAAUACACAAAGGAUGGGAUGACCUGCAGGCUGAGAUAACAGAAAGCAGGGAAAAAGAAGACAUGAUAAGAACAGAAUUAGAAAAAGCAAGAGAUGUCCUAAAUCACAUUAGACAGGAUAUAGAAAAACAAAAACAAACCAUGGAGGAUGAUCUAAAAGACACUUUUGCUAGAGAACUAGAAGACAUAGAAGCUCAGCAAAAAAGCAUAGAGGAUGAAAAGAGAACAUUAGAGAACAUGAAAUAUGAGCUGGAAAAAGGGUCUAGUGAUAUUGAAAGGUUCAAACAAAAUGUGCAAAAAGAAAGACAGAAUAUGGAGAAAUGGGCAGACCAGCUUCAAAAAGAGAGAGAGGAACUAGAAAAGAAAAUGUUUGAUAUUCAACAAAUACAAGCACAAAUUGUGAGAGAAAAUAAAGAUCUAGAGAACCUGAGAGAGGAGAAUGAGCAGACAUUGAAAAAGAUCAAAAUGGAGAGAGAGACCCUUGAGAAAACGAAUGAAGUCUUUGAAAAUGUGAUUUUGAGAAUGAAAAGGAAGAACUAAAGAAAAGAGAAAAUGAACUACAGCAAAUGCAGGUUGAUCUUAACAGACAACAAAAAGACAUGUAUGAUAUUCAGAAUAUAGUUUUCAUGCAAAAAAGUCAACUUCAGAAAAGUCAAGAGGAAAUAGCUGAAAAGCUAAAACAGGUGGAUA